UGUAUGUGUGUGUGUGUGUACCUGUGUUUCCAUUUACCUGUGUCUCUCUCUUCCCACCUGUAGCAUUAGCUACCUGUGGCUCUAGCUAGCUGUUAGUGAUACAAAGAGUAUUGAAAUGAAUGGGAAUAAAUAGACAGUUUUUUUAACAGUGGCUAGUAUUCCCUAAAUAAUACAGUCACUACCGGUACCGGUACCCUUAGAAAGGGAACCCUGAGGAUUAGAGAACGGUUCUGAUUUGAAGCUUGGAGAACAAACAGAUCAGCCUUCCUGGAUGUUAUCAGGCGAAAGGUACUGUUGGGGUUGUUGACUGCAUGUCUGUAUAUGUAAAUGAGUAGAGUUCAUGUGCUUCUGUGCAAAUCUGUGUCAGACUCAUGGCUUCAUGUGUAGUAUGGAUAUUGAUGUAAAACUGAAGCCGUCAUUUCUGAUAUAUUGCUAGUGUGGGAUACUUUGAGUGCUCUAGUCAGAUAUCAGAGAGUGGGCAUACACUGAUCAUUCAUUUUUAGCAUUUUUAGCAUGUUUAGCAUGUUUAGCGUGUGUGCCUCUCUCCAUCUCAUCUCAAGCUUUUUAGUUGUGUUUUUGUGUCCUCUGGUGAGACCCGCAGCCCUAGUGAAGCAUGUUUAUUUCCCAACUGAGUGAGAACAAAAUAGUCAUAUCACUAAAUAUGUCUAUAACCUUUUGAAACAAAUUGUAAAAGUCUAUUCUGUGUUGAUACAAGCUUCUUUACGGGUGUGUUUCAGCUAUGGUUUCUGUGGCAAUAUACACCCAACAUAAAUGUAAGCUGAAACUGAGCUGGAUAGAAACGCUGAAUGUCACUGUGUCUCCUGUUGUCACACCAAGACAGUGGAAUGGCCAUACCCACCAUGUUUAAUUGCAGUACCAGGAUCCUGGUGGGAAGGGGGCGCUCCAUCCUGUCCUCCCCAGAGGAAGAGGCUCACGUCCGGGCUACGGAGAAGGACCAAGCCCCCCCCCUGGUCCUCCCCGGAGCCCCAGCACCUGGCAUGGACGAGCCUGGCGCCGAGGAGGAGCCUCACUGUGACUCCAUCAUCGCCCAGGAGGAGGGCGACGAGUCUGAGGAGUUUAGUCCCAACUGCAUUGAUUUCUACCUGAGCAAAACUUCCCACAACACCAGGCCUUUUGUUGGGGGUUGUUUUGGCAAGUCUGAGGACCUUUCUGAGACUCAGGACGAUGGGCGUCCCUGGGUCCCCAGCCGCGGUCAAAGGAGGCGCAGGAGACAGAGGAGGAAGACAGAGCUCACCAGGGACAGGUGGAGCGAGCGAUGUAUGGAGGGAGGAAGAGAGAUGCAGCGGAGGGACAGAGCAAGGGAUGACAUGAGAGAGAGGAGAAUGAGGAGAAUUCUGUCCGAGCCGUGCGGGCCAGCCAGCAGCAGCGAUGAAGGCUCACAGACCUCGAGACCCCGCCACAGCUGGACCCCAGAUCCAUGGAACCCAAGCCCAGGGAGGAGGCACCGACUUCAGCCUCACCAACUCACUCCACCCCCAGGCUUCAUCAACCACAAGGCCCCACUCUGGGAGUCCCCUAGCCUUGAUAGCCUAGGUAGCCUCCUCUCCCAGAGUCCAGAUGGGAGAGCCAGUACUGACUCGUCCUGUAGACACAUGCAGGAGGACUUUGACUGUUUAUAUCACAGCACUGACGCUCAGACAGGCUCCUGUUCCUCCUGUAGACACAUGCAGGAGGACUUUGACUGUUUAUAUCACAGCACUGAAGCUCAGACAGGCUCCUGUUCCUCCUGUUUCCCUUCAGGGAAGAGUCAGACAUUAUCCCACUCAAACACCCCAGACUCCUCUUGUGGCGACACCACCUCGGAUCGGACCUCUGACUCAUUAACAGUGAUUCGUCAUGACACACAGCCUCACUGUUUGUGUUUGGGUUUCCCUGGCAACGGCAUUUCCGGUUCCUCCACCUGUAGCGUGGAUCGGAGCGGCACUGCUGCGUCAUCGUGCUCGAACGGUGACUCGGAUUCUGGAUGCUUCCGUGCCAAGCUGGAGCGAAGCCUCAGCUGUGUGUGUCUUCGGAGCACCGUCCCGUACACCAGCAGCGGCACAGAGACUGAGACCACGUCCGACUCGUGUUACACGGUGGACGGCGUCUCCAUCCUCUCCUGUCUCUGCGGUAGCGGGAGACAGGGGACGGACGGGAUGAAGGACUACAGCAUUGAAACGCCCUCUUUAUCUCUCUAUAGCAGCACUGACCCCACCUUAACGUCGGUCUCUUCCUCCUACACAGUGACACGGAGCUUUGACUCUCUGUGUGCAGAGGACAAUGAUUCACACCUCCGUGCUAUUGUCAGAGCAGACUACACUGACUCUCACACAAACUCUAGCAGCGCUGUGGAGCUAAGGGGAAGAUCCGACUCCUCCUCGACACUAAAGGGAAGCUUUGACUCCCUCUGUGCGGACAACGACUCUGACUCCUCCUAUGUCUCUAUGAACGGGGGAAAGGACUCCUGCCAUCGUUUUGGGAUUUACUCCGACUCCCGGUGCAGCAGCAGCGAAACGGUGUUCCGGUCGGACUCCUCCUGUAACACGGUGCGACGGAGCUUUGACUCGCUGUGCGUGAACGACGACUCCACCGCUGUGUACAUCUGCUUGAACGGACGACAAAGCUCCGGCACGGAGACGGCCAGGGACUCUGACUCCUCGUCCUUGUACAGCAUAGAGAGAAGCAUUGACUCUCCCUAUCGAAGUGAGACGGCUGUGGCUCUCUGUACCUGUCGCGUGGAGACGGAGGCCUCCCCAACUAGCGUGGAGGUGUACCCCAACCUCUACUGCAGCGAGACGGACAACGGGCUGACCUCGGCAACGACCUCGGUGGCGACCUCUGACCUCUCUGUGUGUGACUCGUUGUACGGGUGCGAGGAUGAGUCAGACUCUCUCAGCACCUCUGCCGUUGCCGAAUGGGGCUCGGUCUCCGUCGACAACAGCAAGAGGAGUGUUUCAGCGUCCACUCCCGGUAACCAUGGGAACUCCUGGGACUGUCUGUGCCAGGCUCUGUCGGACUCCACGGCCUCGUCGCCUGGUAACGGUGAGGACACCCUCGCUAAGACCCUAGAAGCGGGGAUACAACUGGACUCACCCGCUCACCUGGCCAACCACCUGGAGCGGGUUCUGAAGGGCCUCCGAGGCGCGGUGACCCAGUCGGAUCGGCGCCUGGUGUCGCCGUUCUUCAGGGAGCUGGUGCGAGAACCGGGGGAGGACGGAGACGGAGGACGAGAGAAGACAAGUGCGAACGAGGGAUUUCUCUUCCAUCCCCAGAAGCUUCUCCAGCCAAGAGACCUGCAGUACCGCGAUGGUCAGCAGUACUCUCUCCUCCAGCACAUUCAGAACGGCUCAUACGGAGACGUCUUCAGUGCUGUGGACCUCAACACUGGAUUCAAGUGUGCGGCCAAAAAGGUGCCGCUGUGUAGUUUUAGCUGGGAGGAGGUCGGCGCGUGGAGUGGCCUUAGCUCUCCUCGCGUACUCCAGCUGUUUGGGGCCGUGAGGGAGGGACCCAACAUCAUCCUCUUCAUGGACCUCAAGACCGGUUCCCUGGCUCAGCUGCUGAGGUGUCGGGGGAGCCUGCCGGAGGACCUGAGCCUGCACUACCACCUCCAGGUGCUGGAGGCGCUGGAGCACCUGCACAGGAGGCGCGUGUUGCACCUGGAUGUCAAAGUGGACAACGUGCUGCUAUCUGAGGAUGGGAGAGAAUGCUACCUGUGUGACUUUGGCCUUUCAGAGAUGCUGGACACCAAUGGACAGGCACCUAAACCAUUCCGGGGAUACGGCUUGCGGGGCACGGAGACCCACAUGGCACCUGAGGUGGCGAAGGGGGAUGCGCGCGGUGCCAAGGCAGACGUCUGGAGCAGCUGUUGCAUGCUGCUUCACAUGCUCAACGGCUGCCACCCCUGGACCCGAUACUAUGCACACCCACUCUGUCUCACUAUAGUGAGUGAGGAGCCUCCUCUAAGGGAGGUCCCUGGUGCCUGUCACCCGCUGACGGUGCAGGUGUUCAGAGCCGGCCUGGUGAAGGAACCGGGGGAGAGAGCCUCCGCCUCAGAGCUCAAGGACCGGAGCAGGGACGCCCUCGGGGCAGUUGGUGGACUCACUAGUGCCAUAACAGGAGCUCACCAACCUCCUGAAACCUCAGCUGAAACUGCAAGACCUCCAGGCCCAGAAUGGCCCUCGGCGAGCUUCCAGGAAGCACUGCAUCCCCGCUGUGACAUCACUUCCGGUUGCGGUGACAGCCCCCAGCCUCUGGUGCACUGGCUGAGCACCUGGAGGGAGAGAGCGCAGGAGGAGGAGGGCAGUGACAGCGACAGCGAGGCCGAAGAGGAAGAGGAAGAGGAGGAGGAGUGGAGCGAUGCCGAGGGGAGAAGAGAGAAGUGGGAGGAAGAGGAGAGUGAGGAAGAGGAGGGGAGUGAUCUGGAGAGUCUGCGUGAGAAGUGGAGCGACUGGAUGGAGGAGGAGGAGGAAUGGGAGCCCUUUCACCGGCUGCAGAUCCUCUACGGGCCCAAACAUCACGCUCAGCACCGGCACACGGACCAGACCGAGUCAGAGGACGAGAGCAGAGCUCUGACCAAAGAACCAGGUUUGAACAGUGUGUCUCUGCCACGCCCUCCUCGAUCACAGAACAGUGGCUUAAUCUCACGCCGCACACCUGAACACCAGCUUGAUUCCUCAGAAAAGGAGUCUGAUGAUUGGUCAGAUGACCUGAGCUCAGGGGUGUUCUCCUCCUAUAACAGCCAGACUGACAGAGAAAGCUUCAAUGUUGAUUGGCUGGUUUCCACCAAUCAGCCACCAUCCUGUUGCUUUGAAGGUUUAGGGGUGGACAUCUGGAUUGAAGGCUUCAGUGGAGAACGCCUCAGGAUCAGAGAGAGGCCUCAGGUGCAACUGGGCCAUAUAGCCAUGGGCAUCAGUGACCAGAUCUCUGCGCGGACGUUUAGCCUGGCCACCCUGGAUGGGAAGCUCGCGCGGCCUGAUGAGGAGAUCCAGGGGUCAGGGGUGAUGUGGCUGCAGUGUGUCCCUGCCUCAGACGACUGCCCCGCCUGGACCUGGAGGAUCAGAGAUGGACAACUAGAGGAGAGGAGAUGAGAAGAGCUCUCCUCUUGCCAACCCAUGAGGGGCUCUCCUGCUGCCAACCCAUGAAGAGCUCUCCUGCUGUCAACCCAUGAAGGAAGGAAAUCAAUCCAUCCAUCCAUCCAUCCAUCCAUCUAUCCAUCCAUCCAUCUAUCCAUCUAUCUACCC